GGCGAUGCUGGGCGGCAGCCGCGCCGGCCUGCGCCGCCUGCGGAGCUGCGCCGGACGGCUGUGGCGGGGCCGGCGGCGGGCGUCCGGCAUGGCCGGCGGCGACAUGGGCCAGCGUAUGGUCUGGGUGGACCUGGAGAUGACGGGCCUGGACGUGGAGAAGGACCAGAUCCUGGAGAUGGCCUGCCUCAUCACCGACUGCGACCUCAACGUGCUGGCCGAGGGCCCGAACCUGAUCAUUAAUCAGCCCGACGAGCUGCUGGAGAGCAUGUCCGACUGGUGCAAGGAGCACCACGGGAAGUCUGGCCUUACCAAGGCUGUGAAGGAGAGUAAGAUUUCCCUGCAGCAGGCAGAGUAUGAGUUCCUGUCCUUUGUGCGGCAGCAGACCCCACCGGGUGUCUGUCCCCUUGCAGGUAACUCUGUUCACGCAGAUAAGAAAUUUCUUGACAAAUACAUGCCACAGUUCAUGAGGCAUCUUCAUUACCGGAUCAUUGACGUGAGCACUGUCAAAGAACUUUACAGACGCUGGUAUCCGGAAGAAUACGAGUUUGCACCAAAGAAGGCGGCUUCUCACAGAGCACUGGAUGACAUCAGGGAAAGCAUCAAAGAGCUUCAGUUCUACAGAGAUAGCAUCUUCAAGAGGAAAACGGAUGAAAAGAAAAGGAAGCUGAUAGAGAAUGGAGAAAGCGAGAGGAGCGCCAGUUGAUCGCUCGCCUUGCCCUGCAGCCCGUAGCAAAUGCUUAGAAGCAUCUCCCGGUUCUUUUCUGUUUGCCAGCCUCUUGAGAAGCUGUGCCCUUUCCUUACCUUAUUUCUUAUCAGCUGUUAACAUGCAGGUGGAAGCCCAAGUUACCUCUGCUUUUCUGUUAGAGGAUGGAGUCGAUGCGUGCAAGCCUCAGCAGUGCCCUUGUCUGUCUCCUGGGUAAAGCACAUGGCUUGAUCCUCCUCUUUGCCCUGUUUUAGAUGGAGUCUUUCCCAACACAAUUAAAAGAGAGUUCUGUUGAAA